GUGCUUCAUUGUGGAUAUACCGGUUUCGCAGUUAUUUUGGAUGGUAUGGAUAAAAACAGUACUUAUUUGGAGAUCACAUGGCCAUCAAAAUUUUGGGAUCAGAUAAUAAUAGCCUUCUCAGUGUCCAUGGUGAUUGGACUGGUGAUCGGAGGGAUAAUCUGGGCUUUGUUUACAUGCCUGUCCCGUCGCAGAGCCAGUGCCCACAUUUCGCAGUGGAGCUCAUCGACUUCUAGCCACCGUUCCAGACCUUCUCCUCAGAGCCAUGCUGCCAACAGGACUGGAUUCUACCGCAACAGCAACUGCGAACGUCGCAGCAAUCUCAGCUUGGCCAGCCUCACCUUCCAGCGGCAAGCUUCCCUGGAGCAAGCCAACUCCUUCCCAAGAAAGUCAAGUUUCCGAGCUUCCACUUUCCACCCCUUUUUGCAAUGCCCUCCACUCCCUGUGGAAACUAACAGUCAGCUGAUUACUCUGACUCCCACUAGCACCACCACUACCCUUGUGGGGAACAACACCAACAGCUUAACUCGUCCUGAAUUCCACUGGUCCAACAACAGCCUCCGCAUCUGUCAUUCAACACAAACACCGCCUCCUGCUUAUGAGACCAUCAUUAAAGCUUUUCCAGAUUCCUGAACUAGAGACUUCCUUUAUUUUGUUUAGGGGGGGGGGGGCUCUCCAUCUUCUGAAGCACAUUUUCUGUAUGCUUAAAAGGCCUCUGGGAAGCUCCCAGUAGCUGUGGCAUGUCACAGGCAAGCAGAAAGGACAUGUGUAGAUGACACUGAUUUGCUAUGGCAAGGUGUGGUAUCCUAUAGCCACAAGAUUCCUACCACCCAACUUAACUGGUUUGCAGUGUAGUUCUGAAUUUAUAUUAUACCUUUAAUUUGUAAUCAUUGUAAGGCUUUUAAUUUAGAAGGCAGAAACUUCUGUAGUCUACAAUAUAUGCAACUUAAAUGAAGAAACAAGCCACAACAGGAAUCAUUUGUUGAUAAUCACUUAUUAAUUUCCUGAAAAGUUCACAUGUUCAUUUUGUUUAUGAGAAAACCUUGUUUUAUGCAUAUCUCUGGGCAUUUUAAAUUUUCAGCAGAUACUUUCCUUCAUUUUUUAGAUCCUGGGCCAUCUCUUUGCCUCCUAAACUACAGGGUGAGGAAUCCCUUGGCUGAAGUAAAGUGAUUUUAGCAUCAAAGGUCUUGUUGACAAUACCAAUUUUUGUCACCAAAAACUGUCUUUUGGCACACUUGGUCAUGCAGACAAGCUCACAGCAUUGUGGUAGGUACGAGGCCCCCUGUUCUGAUAUUUGUAGGUGAACUCUAAAUAACCUCAGGCCAGUCCCACUUACAACAAAUUCCCAACAAUAUGGCAAAAAAGAUGGAGUAUCCACAAUUUGAGCCAUGGGAGAGAUUUCUAACCAACUGAAAAAAGGAAUAACUCUAUAAAAGGACUUUAUCCUGCAAAUUAACAAGGAUCACUUUUUAUUACCCUAAAAGGUUACACAGAUAGUAGUCUUGGUCCCCAAGAUAAACAAUAUGAAUGCCAACUGUUUAUUUUUUUAAUUGAGCUUCCUGUUUCUCUCUGGGAAUACUCAUUUCCUUUCUUUAAAUUGUUUUUCAAUUUAUACUAAUGUUUCAUCCUUCCUGCUGCGUAAUACAGUGAAACCUGCAUUUUGCUAAAUGAAAAAAAUUUAGAUGUCUAGGGUAAAACCCUGGCCUAUCCAAAUUCAUUGUCAAAACUCCAGGAUUUAAACCCAUCAAUCUACAACUGCUUUAGAGAAUGAAGAUGCUUAGGACAGAUUAAUGCCUGUUUUUGACUGUCAGACCUGUAGGAAUAUUAUAACAAACAUGCUGGGUCACUGAUUUAGCAGUAACUGCUAAACCACAUGUGAGAUGUCCAGACAUAUGAGCACAGAGGCAUGGAGCCUUAUCUAACUCUUUUUGACUACAAUAGAAGUUGGAGAGCCCCAGAGAGUACUAUCUGCUGUGCAACACUACCAUUUCCUGGCUUAUUAAUAACUCUUUGGCUCUUAUAGAAGGUUAGGGGAAGAGGCAUUAGUUAUAAUGAGCCGAGUUCUACCAGGCCUGAUCUUGUGCAUCUACAGAAGACCUGCAAGCACAGAUUUAGUUAAUGGGAGCAGCUCUCAGGAGCAAACAAAGUGGAUAAUUUGAAUUUCUUCACUUUCAGCAGCAGCUGAGGGUAUCCAUUGUCUCUCAGUGCUUUUUGUGAAUAGACCCAAAGUAACUAUAAACAGCUUUUUAUCACCGCAGUCUCUAAGCCUUCUAUUUUCUCUUUGCAACCAUUACUACUAGUGCUAAAGGACCAAUCCAGGUUUCUAACUUUAAAGGGAAAUUCAUUUGAAUGUAUCAGACUGACUGACUUGUUCUUUUUAUCUGCAGUUUUUUUCAUUUUAAGAAGUUAAGUCUGAUUGCUAAAGAUGCACAUAGUCCAUAGAUUGCAUAAGCAUUUAAUUGCCGAAACUAUGGAUUACAGUAAACUAGGGACAUUUAUAUGUCUGAAAAUGCCAUCUGACUUCAGUGAUGGCAGGAUAUGGUCCUAAAAUAGUGAAUAGAGAUGUGUUCUCUACCCUUUCUCGUAAUACAGAAUUCAGGGUUUGCCCAAUUAAAUAAGUAGACAACAGGUUUAAUACAAACAAGAGAAAGUACUUUUUCACAAAACGUUCAGUUAGCUUAUGGAACUCAUUGUUAUGGAUGUUGUGAAGGCUAAAAGUAUUACUGAGUGCAGAAAAUAAUUAGAUAAGUCCAUGGACAAUAGGUCCAUCAAUGGCUGUUAGCAAAGAUGGUGAGGGAUGCAACAAUAUGCUUAGGCCCACCCUAAAGCUUUGACUGACAGAAGCUGCAAGGGGAAGAAAGUCCUCUGUUCUGCUACACUCCCUGAAGCUCUGAUACUGUCUACUGUUGGAGUCAAGAUACUUGGAUUGAUGGACCAUUGGUCUGCCCCAGUAUGGAUGCUCUAUGUUCUGAUGUAAAAUUAUAAUCUUUUAUAGGAGGAGGCUUCUAUGAUUGCAUUAGAUCUCUUAAUGAAUUCUAAAGGCAUGCAUGGUGUCUAAGCUCUCUCUUGCAGUUUAUAGAAUCAUAGAAUACUUGAUAAUGGAAGGGACCUUGAGAAGUCAUCAAGUCCAGUCCCCUGCACUCAUGGCCGGACCAUGAAUCAUCUAGAGCAUCCCUAACAAGUAUUUGUCUCACCUGCUCCUAAAAAUCUCCAAUGAUGGAGAUUACACAACCUCCCUAGGAAAUUUAUUUUAGUGCUUAACCAUCCUCACAAUUAGGAAGUUUUUCCUAAUGUC